AUGAAGGAUUUGAUUAUUCGCUGUUCUUCUGUGAGAACUGUGGCAGUCCCAUUUACGCAGCACCGCACUUCCUGGACAACAAGAUCGUCAUACAGGUCGGCACUAUUGAUGAUAUUGAGAUGCUACAGAGAGCACCAGCAGUCGAGCUUAAUGUCGGGCACCGAUUAG